CUUACAAAACGCGAAACGUAUUUACAGUUCUAUUUUUGUUUUCUAUUUACGUCUGAAAUUGCGUUGUUGCGUAUUAUAAAGAGAGAAUUAAAAAAUUGCGAAAAUGGAUUUCGGUUGAUUAGAAGAUGGGGUUGACGAACCAAUUUGUCAAAUCGUUCUAUUCCGUUAGGUCACAUUUAGUGCCUGAUUCGGCAAAACAAUCUUCUUUGCACUCAUUGCUUGAGAAUGUAAUUUUAAAAACCCGUGAAUUUUUUGGUGUUGCGAACAAAAAGUGUAAUUUGCCAUCUGGUUUUUGUAGAUAUCAAUACAAAUUACCCGUAGAAUAUUUUCCUAAUGUCUCAACUAAUUCCGCAAUACGAAAGUCAAAAUUUAUUUCUUAUCGUCCAGGGUUUAUUCAAAAGGUUACUUCAAAAUGGGUUGUAAAUUCUUUAGCCAAAAAUGCUAGUAAAAAUAUAUUGCAUAGGAAAGGGCCAUUUUUAUGUUUUGUUGGAUUUGCUCUCGCAAAGAAACCCUCCUUACUUACUGCUGAUGAAGAAAUUGAAGGAAUAUCCUUUAAAAUUAGAGAUGCUUUUUCAACUUUGCCAUGGCAGAUUGACACACCAAGUGUUCUUAAAACUGUUUUAAAUGGAAAAGAUUUUACUUUUGAAGAUUUAAAAAUUGGAAAAUUAUUAGCAAAAGGAAGUAAUGCUGCUGUUUACAGUGCUUGUCUUGAGCCAAAAGAAACAAAAUCUGAAUCAGAAAAUAAGGAACAAAAGUUGGAAAAGAGUUUUUCAGAACUUUUCAAGGAUAAUUUAAUGGUUAAUUCAAGAGUCAUUAUUUCUCAUUCAGAAGGUGAGCCAAAUAUUGCUAAAACGGUGAUGAAGAAAGAAAAUUUAAGUCAUCUACAGAAUUAUGAUUCAAAUGACCUUGCUGUCAAAGUUAUGUUUAACUACAGUGCAGAAUCGAAUGCUUUUGCCAUAUGGCGGGCUAUGUACAAAGAAAGUUUACCAUCAAUUUCUGAACUUUCUUUGGGAGACUUUGCAAGGAACAAAAUUAGAAAAAAACAUUUGAAACCUCAUCCUAAUAUUGUGGAAAUGUACUUUGCCUUUGCUAAUCAAUUACCUUUGCUUCCUGGUGCUUUUGAAAAUUAUCCUCAAGCUCUUCCUCAAAGACUCUUGGAUGAUGGAUGUGGAAGAAAUAUGACUCUCUUUCUUGUGAUGAAAAGGUAUCACUGCAGUUUAAAGGAUUAUUUAGAAAUGAGCGUUUCAACACAAACAGCUCUUUUAUUAUUGACACAACUGUUGGAAGCUUUAGCUUAUCUUCUGAAAAAUGGAAUAUCUCACAGGGAUCUGAAAACUGAUAAUAUUUUGUUGGACCUAAAUUAUGGGAUAAAUUCUCCAAGAUUAGUUCUUACUGAUUUUGGUUGUUGUUCUGAAAGUCUGAAACUUGCUUAUUAUUCUAAUGAUGUUGGCAAAGAUGGAAAUAUGGCUUUAAUGGCUCCUGAGAUUAUUAAUGCUGAACCUGGACCUUUCUCUGUACUUGAUUAUUCUAGAGCAGAUCUGUGGACUGCUGGUACUUUAGCAUAUGAGAUAUUUGGCGAAAAAAAUCCAUUUUAUUCAUCAAAUUCAUUAUUGAGAAAUGAUUCCUAUGACUGGCAAAAAUUACCUCCUUUACCUUCCACAAUGCCUACUCCUAUUCAAAAGCUGGUAAAAGAUAUGCUCCAGGUUGACCCAAAUAAGCGACCAAGCCCAAGUUUUGCAGCGACAGUUUGCCAGCUGUUUCUUCAUGCUCCUUCAGAAUUACUUGAAUCUCUGUUUAGCAAGAAAACUAGUAAGAAGGCACUAGAGUGGAUGUUUAAGAUGUCAGCAGAAACAUACUUAGAAGCUUCUUUGAAAAAUUCAAAGGAAUACGCUGUGGCGUUGUUAUUGAAGCACACUUGGUGCUCUAGAAUCCAGUUUUUAGAAAUUCUUCAUGCUUUGAAGUACAUUGCUGAGUAGAAAUUUAGAAAUACAAUGAAGAUUGUUGUGUGUUAGAUUCUAUUUUGUAUAUUUGUACCACAAUGAAUUAUAACCUUUUGUUAUGUUGUAACUCACACUUAUGAUUUCGAAUUAUUUUUAAAACUGCAGAUGUGUUUGAUGCAUUCAAUGUUUCAUAAGUUAUAACUUGUUUGUUUUGAUGAAUUUUCUGUUUACUAAAUAUUUUGAGUUUUCAAAGAAUCUUAUGUUCACAUUAGUACGUUAUUAUUUAAGUGCCAUUCAGCUACUUUGUUCAAAGCAAGUUUUUGUUUAUGUGCCUCAUAAAUUACACUGUAAUGUGAAAUGUGCAGCACACCUUGUGUGUACAGUAUUAAAUGUUAAACAGAAUAUUAAAAUGCAAUAAAAGAUAUAUUUAUGUGUAA